AUGGGCCUUUCAAGAAUCUACCAUCACCUAGGAGACGCCUACCAAGCCAUCAACGACGCCGAGGCUCGAGGCCAUCGACUGUUCGCCUCCUACUAUCGCGUGACAUUUUUUGGCAAGGCCUUUGAAGGAUUUUCGGGGAAAUCUUUCAUCUACCGCACUGGGCCCUGUCAAAAGCUGAGCGUCUUCAUUCAGUCCAUAAUGAACGUGCACUCCCAACGGCUGGGUAGGAACAAAGUGCAACUCAUCUCCGACAGUUACGUCAAGCUCGAUUCCCUCUCGCCCGACAAGGCCUACAUCCAGGCUAGUUACCAGUUUUUUGGCUAA